AUGUCACUCAUCGCGAGUGAGAUCGCGGCCUUUGUGGGUGCUGCCCUCGCUGGCACUUACAUCGCCUGGUCGGUCCUUGAGCGCAUCGUCCUGGUCGCCGCGAAUGAGCACCUCACGCCUUUUGCCUCCUACGCUUCCCUUGGCGUCGCCAUUGUCUUGGUUCCAGUCUUCGCUCUUCUCCGCAGGAAUCACCACUACCUUCGGGGUACGCGCGUCAAUGGAUGCAAGCUGGCCAGUGUGUAUCCUCAUCGGGAUCCGAUCUUAGGCUUGGACGUUCUCCGCAUUUCGGUCAAAGCGCUCAAGGAGUAUAAACUGCUGGAGCUAUGGGAUAAGCUUCUCAACACUUAUAACGGAACGUAUUGGUUCAGCUCCACGGGUAAGUGGAUGCUUAUUACGUCGGAGCCAGAGAACUUCAAAACCUUGCUAUCGACGAGAUUCGAGGACUGGCCGAUGAAAUCGCUGCGACAACAAGUGAGCAUCUUAACACUUGGCCCCUAUUCCAUAUUCGCCGUCAACGGACCCGAAUGGCAGCAUACACGCGCCAUGAUUCGCCCGAGCUUCGUGCGGAAUCAGAUUGCCGAUCUAGAGUGCACCGAUAGACAUGUUGAGAACUUCUUGGCAAGACUUCCACGGGAUGGAUGCAAGUUUGAUAUAGACAAGCUGCUAUACCAUUUCACCAUGGAUGUAUCAACUGAUUUCAUGUUCGGAUACUCAACCUCUAUUUUGACGUCCCCCACAAAAGAGUCUCUGGAAUUCAUGACGGCCUUUGAUUACCUCCUCACUACUUCAACGAACCGCGCCCGUUUGGGAUGGUUGGCGUUAUUGAAGCCAGAUAAGAAGUUCGAUGAAUAUGUCAAGAUCACCCAGCAGUUUGUCGACCACCACGUAUCCCAGGCGCUCGCCCAAGAGAAGAUGGAGAGGCCCUACAUCUUCAUGAACGAAAUCAUCAAAUCGGGAGCUUCUCACCGUGAGGUGCGAGAUCAACUGCUUUCACUGAUUCUGGGCGGCCGCGACACGAGUGCUAGUACCAUGUCCUCACUCUUCUGGGUCCUGGCUCGACGACCAGAUGUGCUGAAGAAGCUGAGAGAGGAAAUUGCCGAGCUGGAAGGCCGCAAGCCCACUUGGGAAGAGUUGAAGAACCUCAAGUAUCUGAACAUGGUGCUGAAAGAAACUUUACGGUUGUAUGCUGCUGUAGCAAGCAACAUGCGCACUGCUGAAAGGGAUACAGUCCUGCCAAAGGGCGGUGGCCCUGAUGGCCAGAGCCCUCUCUUCGUUCCUAAAGGCACCGACUGUCGGUUCACAACCUACAGCUUGCAUCGUAGAAAAGAUUAUUGGGGUGAUGACGCUGACGAAUUUCGGCCCGAGAGAUGGGAAACGCAUCGGCCGGGGUGGGAAUAUAUUCCGUUCAGCGGUGGCCCUCGAAUCUGUAUUGGCCAGCAGUUUGCUCUGACCCAGAUGCUGUACUUGAUCACACGGGUGCUCCAGACAUUUGGCGACGUCCAGCCUGGAGAUGAUAAGCCAAUGCUACAUCAAGUCGGCUCAACUAUAUCGAUGGUUAACGGAUGUUGGAUUCACUUGACUCCUGUAGAGUAG